AUGGAAUCGACUGAAGAUGAGCAUCAAGAGUCGGCAGAGGAGUUCAGCUGGGCAGAAACUGACAACGGAGUUGAAAGUGAAAGUGGAGAAGCUGAAAGUGAAAGUGGAGAAGCUGAAAGUGGAGAAAGUGAAAGUGAAGAAGCUGAAAGCGAAAGUGGAGAAGCUGAAAGUGAGAGUGGAGAUGGUGAAAGUGAAAAGGAGCGGAGGACUCUCAGCUGUCGUCAUUGUGAGUAUGAAACGGAGCACAAGCAGAUGAUGAGGAGACACAUGAGGUCCCACAGAACGUACCAGUGUGACCAGUGCGACUAUUCCACUUCACAAAACGUGCGACUAAAACGCCACAUGGCGGUGCACUCCGGUGAGAGACCUUAUCACUGCGGCCACUGUGAUUUCUCAGCAGCGAGGAAAGACGGUCUUUUCAGCCACGUUAGAGCAGUGCACAGCGGUGAGAGACCAUAUAAGUGCACUUACUGUGAUUAUUCGGCAGCAGAGAAUGCUCAACUUAAGAACCACGUCAUGGCUAAACACACCAACACCAGGCCGCACAAGUGCACGCUGUGCGACUAUUCUGCGGUUGAGAAAAAGAGAUUGAAGUUCCACAUGGCCACCCACACUGGGGAGAAACCUUACAAGUGUGAGUUUUGUUCUUUUGCGACUCAUCAAAAGCAGAAUUUGAAAAGUCACGUUCUCACACACAGUGCCGACAAACCGUACAAGUGCCAGGUCUGUGACUAUUCCGCAAUUCAAAGGGGAGCUUUAAAGAUACACAUGUUGAAACACACACAACCUAAAAUUAAGGUUAAAAAAGAGCGGAAGAAACACAGCUGCCCGCACUGCGAGUAUGAAACGAUAAAUAAACCUGCAAUGACGCAACACAUCAGGACCCACACUGGAGAGAAACCGUUCAAGUGCCAACAGUGUGACUACUCGGCAUCACAGACGGCUACAUUGAAAAAGCACAUCCGGGCUGUGCACACCGGUGAGAGACCUUACAAAUGUGGUCACUGUGACUUCUCCGCAGCGAGGAAAGACGGUCUUUUCAGCCAUGUUAGAGCAGUCCAUGGCAGUGACAGACCUUACCAGUGCACGUUCUGUGAUUAUUCAGCAACACAAAAUGUUAACCUGAGAAACCACAUCAUGGCUAAACACACAAAAAACAAGCCGCACAAGUGCACGCUGUGCGACUAUUCUGCGGUAGAAAAAAAGCAUCUGAAGUUCCACAUGGCUACCCACACUGGGGAUAAACCUUACAAGUGUGAAAUGUGUCCUUUUGCCACCCAUCGAAAGAUGUUUUUGAAAAAGCACAUGAACACACACACUGGUGAGAGACCAUAUAAGUGCCAGUUCUGUGACUAUUCAAGUGCUUUAAAGGCAACUUUAAAAACUCACAUGGACACUCACACUGGCGAGAAGCCAUACAAAUGUGAGAUUUGUGAUUAUUCUACUGUAGGCAUGUCUUAUCUGAAACUCCACAUGGCCAACCACACAGGAGAGAAACCCUUCCACUGUGAAUUAUGUGAAUAUUCUGCAGCGCGAAAACCAGACCUAAAGAAGCACAUGGCUAACCAUACCGGCGAGAAACCGCACAAAUGUGAACUUUGUGAUUAUUCUGCUACGGACAGGAGCCAUUUAAAGCGGCACAUGACCACACACACUGGUGAAAAACCUUACAAAUGUGAAAUUUGCGAAUACGCUGCGGCACAAAUAUCCUCUUUGAGAGACCACAUGACUAAACACACCGGGGAGAAGCCUUACCAAUGUGAGGAGUGCGACUAUUUCACAACUAAUAAAGGGAGUUUAGCGAAACACAUGGCAAAGCACACCGGUGAGAAGCCUUACAUGUGCGAUGUCUGCGGGUUUAAGACAGGAACGAAGAGUACCUUAGCUCAGCACACGGCCACACACACGAAACCCCACAAGUGUGACCAGUGCGACUACUCCGCAGCGCAGAUCGCACACUUGAGGAGGCACAAGGCCAGACAUGCCGAAGACAAAAGCAGUGUGUAAGUGCCUGAAGAAAAGUCAAGAAACAAACUAAACUUGGAUCGCAUUCCUUGUCUUGUCAAAAGGAAUAUUUCAGCCAUGCCAUUACUAUUAGGAAAGGAACAAUUAUCAAUGCGUCGAAGAGACGCAGAUGACGGACGAAAGUUUGUGAGUUGCUUCUAAUGAAUGCAUUUUGGAGGACAUUUUACUCAGAAAUAUGAUGACCUCUAACUUUCAGAUUGCUUCGAAAUUGUCAUUCUGAAACCCUAUAUUCGUGGGUGCCCUCAAAACAGGACGUUAAAACGUAGUUUUACGACGGAACGUUUCGGGAAUUAUUGGGGACGUGUGCAAAGGAUUAGAGACGUGUGCAAAUAGACAAGAAUCUUCAGCGACCUGAGAUCGUUGAAGCAGUUUUUACUCUAUUUUAACGACUCGUUGUCUUUUGCAUAUUUCUAUAACCAUACUUGCAAAUGUACUUCCGCAAAUUUGUUUUUCUUCUUUUUAUUCUAUACCGCUUGUAGGUUCUUUUGUGAUCCAUUUAAGACAUUCAGUUUGAUAGCUGGCUCCAUCUUAACUGUAGUACUGAUGAUAUUAACUAUAAUAUCAAUAAUAUUUACUAUUAGUUGAUGCCAUUAUUAUCGACUGUAGUAUGAAAACCUUUAAGUUUGUUAGAUACAUUUAACUUAUAGCUAUAGAUGUUCUAAGAGGUGUGUAGGUUGGAAGGAUGGAGUGUAGAAAAGUUAACGUUAUUGAAAUGUACAACGUCUUCCGUAAGUUGCCCUACAUGUACAUGUAUACGUAACAUAUAAAGUUGAUAUCAAACUAGUACUUUU